CUCUCAUCAUCACAAGCAAAGCACCAGGAAGAAGCAGCCCUGCAUCAGCUCAGCUCUUUUAUCACUGAAAGUCCACUACUAGACACAAGCAAUCACAAAUCAGUCUCAGUUCAACCAUUUUCCACCAGCCCAGCAAGCAGAAGGAGAGCAGUGAUGGCUGGUGCGGCGAAGGCGUCAUGGAUGGUGGCCAUGAGCGUGGGCGCGGUGGAGGCGCUCAAAGACCAGGCCGGGCUCUGCCGCUGGAACUAUGCUCUGCGAUCCAUCCACCGGGCAGCCAACAUCCGCGCCGGCGUCUCGCAGGGCAAGAAGCAGCUUCCGGCCUCGGCGGCGGCCGUGGCAGAGAGGCGGCGAGCGGAGAAGGCCGAGGAGGGGCUGAGGACGGUGAUGUGCCUCAGCUGCUGGGGGGUGCAGAAUACAUGUUGUGCUAUGAAUUGGUUGCAAGUGCAAGUGCUUCCUGUGGGGUGAGAUCGUUCGUGAAGGUUCUGUCUGAAUUUCUUCGCUCUACAAUUUGCUGAACCGACACGCUCAACUGAACGUGAUUCAGGUCCAGGUUAUACCACAUUA